AGGAAUUCCAUAUAUUUUUUGAUGACAGAUUGAGGGCAGCUGUUGUAUGUCAACUUGUCCCCGCUGUUGCUAUCUAGGUUGUUUUCCAAGUGCGCACCCUCUUUUUACGCUCGUCUCAGGUCGUUCUUUGAUUUAAAAUACCUUUUGUCAAGUCCAAAUUUUCCUUCUUGACAAUUUCUUUUUUUUUAUCGUAUUCUGCUUUUUGCCCACUUGCAUUGUUCUUUGCAAGGUCAAAGAUACAUAGCCUAACUCAAGCGAGCAGUGAGCCUUAGGUGCCAUGCUGUUAUCAAGGGCAGCCUGGCUGCUUUUCUCGCUAGUCCAACUGGUCUUCGCGGCCGAGGACUACUACAAGAUUCUUGAAAUCGACAGAAAUGCCGACGAAAAGGCCAUCAAGAUCGCGUAUAGGCGACUGAGCAAGAAAUGGCACCCAGACAAGAACCCUGGUGACGCCACAGCAGAGGGCAAGUUCGUCGAGGUUUCGGAGGCCUACGAGGCCCUCAUCGACAAGACGACGCGGCGCAUCUACGACCAGCACGGCCACGAGGGUUUGAAGCAGCACCAGCAGGGCGGCGGCGGCGGCGGGCACCACCACGACCCCUUUGACCUGUUCUCGCGCUUCUUUGGAGGCAGCGGCCACUUCAACUCUGGCCAGCGCCGCGGGCACAACGUUGAGGUCAAGCUGUCCGUGUCGCUGCGCGACUUCUACAACGGCCGCGCCACUGAGUUCCAGUGGGAGAGGCAGCACAUCUGCGAGGAGUGCGACGGCAGCGGGUCGGCCGACGGCGUCGUCGACCAGUGCUCCGCCUGCAACGGCCACGGCGUGCGCGUCCAGCGCCACCAGAUCGCCCCCGGAAUGUACCAGCAGGUCCAGAUGCAGUGCGACGCCUGCGGCGGCCGCGGCAAGUCCAUCAAGCACAAGUGCAAGGCCUGCGGCGGCGCGAGGGUCGUGCGCAAGCCCACCACCGUCCAGAUCAACAUUCAGCGCGGCGCGCCCCGCGACUCGCAGGUCAUCUUCGAGAACGAGGCUGACGCGAGCCCCGAUUACGUUGCUGGCGAUCUCGUGGUCACCCUGACGGAAAAGGCGCCCUCUUUGGAGGAGGACAACCCAGACCACGUCGAUGGAGUAUUCUUCCGCCGCAAGGGCGACGAUCUGUUCUGGAAGGAGGUCAUCUCACUGCGUGAGGCCUGGAUGGGAGACUGGAAGCGCAACAUUACGCAUCUCGACGGCCACGUAGUCGAGAUUGGCCGGAAGCGAGGCGAGGUCAUUCAGCCUGGUCACGUAGAGAUGGUCAAGGGCGAGGGUAUGCCCAAGUGGCAUGAGGAUAUCGACAGCGUGUACCACACCGUCGAGUUUGGCAACCUGUUCGUCGAGUACAUUGUCAUACUCCCCGAUCAGAUGGACAGUGGCAUGGAGAAGGAGUUCUGGUCAGUGUGGGAGAAAUACAGGCAAAAGAUUGGCGUGGACCUGCACAAGGACAGUGGAAGGCCAGACAAGCCAGUGAUGGCCUCCGGUCAUGAUGAGUUGUGAGCGAAGGUGCGGUUAGACUGUAAUUUAAUAGACGAUCUAUCAGCAGAAAUAUAUACCUACUCUACUGGGUUGAAUGAUCUUUGCGCGCUCGAACCAUAGUCCCUGUUUGCAGCGUGACGGCAACAUUCGGCUUGAUUUCA